GGAAAAGAGGCUGCUCAGAAAGAAAAUAAACAAAAUCAAAUCAAAUCAAAUCAAAUCAAAUCAAAAAGCCUAUCCAUAUAUAUCCAGCACAUCUUAUUAGCUCUCGUGGCUUGUGAAUACCCGCAAUUACGAGAGAUCUCAUCCACGUCUAAACUCCUCCAUCCCCUCCAGCUUCUACACUAUACACACCACCGAACCAAAACAAUUCUCUCCGUAUCGUUUUUCUUUCACCAAUUUCCCAGAGAAUUUUCUGCUUCUUGAUCUAUCUUGUCAGUUUUGGUUCAUCUAUCAGAUUCUUCAAACAUUCAAUUCUCAACUACCUGUCUGGGUAGCGCUUGCCGACAGACUACACAUACAGUAAGAGGCGUUUCAGAAGGAACUAGGCAUCAUCAUCAUCAUACAGCGAAUUGUGAUUUUCUGGUCAAGAAACAAUUCGGGCAAAGUGUUUACCAAUAGGCACUCUCACUCAUUUGUGACGGCGACCACAUCAUCAUGGCUUUCUGAAUUAGACAAGCAAAUCACCACCUCGUAUGCUUCAGGCUCCAUUAGAACUCGUCGCGUCGCUGGGUACGGUCACUCGUACUACCAAUGCCAGGAAAUUCGAGAUACGAAGCUCAGGUCAUUCCGGAUUCCUAUGCUGACCAUGAUCGAACGAGUCGUCCGAAUACUACAUUGAUAAUGUCUGCGGACUGCUGGGAGCAGGAAAUGGUGAGGGAGGGGGGAUCUACAAGCGAACAAUAUUCGAAUCGAUCAUAUCUAUAUCCCCGAGCUUCUGUCCCAGAGCAAACACAUGCAUACCGUCGUCCAUGGUCCAGAGCUUCUGCGAAAACUUCUUCCGGUGUCUGGAUGAUUCUAGUCACAUUGAUCUCAACUUUUUGGAUUACUCCUGCUUCCGCCGUGUUCAUAGAGUUUCAGAAUUGUUUGGAAGAGAGUUAUCAGGGUAAUACACCUUAUCAAUUACAGAUUGUUCCGUAUUUCUUAUGGGCGGUCUUUAAUACUACUGAAUCUACUCAUAAUCUUGCGGUUCAAGUAUGGGGUGAUGUAAAGGGAUCUGGUCCGGGGGCAUCAACAACUGACAAAUUACCUGGAUCCAACGACACAGCGUACUGGCAAAGCAACUCGACCGAUACUUAUAAUGGCAAGAUCGCAGACGAGCCCGAUCCAGCAUCUCUAAAGCUCACAACGCUUUUCAAUAAAGUCACUGUGCUAACCUAUCAGCCUUACAGUGCCGCUGUAGAUUUUUGUAAUCAGCUUGUCAACGGCACCUGUCCUCUUGGUCCUACCUUCAAUGCAUCAAGGUGGGAUCCAUACACUUUUCCCUCUUUUGGGUUCAACAACAACUUCUACUCCUCGUAUGCUUUCACUUCGUUCUCUGCAACGAUGGUAAUCAAGAAUGGCGACACUGCUGCGACUACUAUUGGUUGCAUAUCAGCUGAUAUUACACCUGACAUUGGGAGCAGUUUAUCUGCCACUGUGAAGUAUGUACCUUUGAUAGUGCUUCUCUGCGUCGCGUUUGCAACUGCUUUCGCAGGCAUAUACAGUCCUUGGGGCACCAAUGACAUCUUUCGAUGGACAACAAAUUAUGGUCGAGAUGCAGACCUGCUCCGUUUAGUCACACCUGGAUUCGGCGAUUGCUUACAAUACAUCCAAUUUAUUGCUCUUACUGGAGGCUUAACACUUGACUAUCCUGGCUUUUAUCAACCAAUCGUCAGUAAAGUUGCAUGGUCAUCAUUGAUGUUCAAUGAAAGCUUCGUCAGCAACACUUAUCAGGACAGUCUGGUCGACGGCAUAUACGUAGUGAAUGGAACCUAUGGUCUUGAUCGCAUGCGGCAAUUAAUUGGAAUGGGGGAAUCUGAUGAUGUCUGGGCCGGUAUGGCGGUUUGGCUUUUGGCUACUAUUGGAGUCGUCCUUGUACUGAUUCAGCUGGGUUUCGCUACGCGUUGGGCGUGGAGGCUGCUGAUGGGCACCCAAGAAGAGGAUUUGAGGAAGAAACACGUGCCAUUUUCAGUUGGAAACGUGAUUCGUAUUGUGUUUAAUUAUUUCUUGCUUCCCAUCGUUGCCCUUUCCAUGUUUCAAUUAGUUGAGGCUUCUAGGUCACCAGCCUAUACGACCGGUCUGGCGUUACUUAUGCUGAUCCUAAUCGUCGUUUUUGCCAUAUACCUGUUGUAUCUUAUCGCAACGGCAAGACCAAAGUCCUACCUAUUCGAUGAUCUUCCAACGGUGCUUACCUACGGAGCGUUGUACAACACAUAUUCGGACAAUGCGGCCCCCUUCGCCCUCGUACCGGUACUCCUGACCUUUCUCCGCGGUAUCUCAAUUGGAGCUGUUCAACCUUCAGGCAUUGCGCAGCUCGUUCUUCUUGCGAUUUGCGAAGUCAUCACGAUAUUGACCUUACAUGCGUUUCGACCUUUUCAUUCGCCGACAUCAAUGAAUGCUUACCACACAUUCUUCGCCGCGGUGCGCUUUUCAACCAUUUUGUUAAUGAUAGCAUUUGCUCCUUCACUUGGUAUUACUGAAGGGCCAAAGGGCUGGGUUGGCUAUGCGAUUCUCCUGAUGCAUGCCAUUGUCCUUAUUCUUGGCUUUAUGUUGAGUGCAAUGCAGACGAUUGUUGAAGUUGCUGCCAGGCUUGCGGGUGCCGGAGGCAAUGAGAGUGGCGCAGCUAGAGGUGGUCUUUCUAAGGUAUUUGGUAUGCGACAAUUGUCUAGAAGGUUGCCCCGUCGGGAUGCCACAUCGCGUCAAAGUCAAUUAUCAAGCGCCGCUAUGCUUUCUGACCAAGACAGAAAAUCAUAUCUAGUCGAGGGAGGCAGGCUUCGGAGUCAGUCUGCGGGUAGCGCUGGGAUCCUGCUCAAUAGACAAAGUGCAAAUCUCGAUAAUAUGACUGUAGAUGCUUUUGGUGCAAUGCCUACACAUCAUGUCGGCAGCGGUGCACCGAGCUCUCAUACCCCAACAACACCAGGAGAGGCAAGCACAUUCUCAUUCCUGCCAUCUGCUGCCGCGCCAAGCGGCCGGGGACGCAAUAAAGGUGCUAUAUUAGGCUUGGAUACAACCGACACAGCCGAUCCUUACUAUCGGCCUCCUAGAUUCCGCCGGCCGACUGUAGAUACUAAUUCCCCGGGGGUAAGAAGUCGAGGGUCGUGGGCUAGUGGUGAUUGGACUAAUAGGCACGAAUCACCACCUGCCGAUCCUGAUGCCAUUGAGCCUUUGGAGGGUCCUUCAAUCUCUGGCCGUAAUAGUCCAUCUCAGCACCAAGCUUUAGAUGGAGCUCCACUGGAGCUCAACCGAUCGAAGGCUGACUACACUACAAGAGAGGUCGACUUCUACUACGGCGUUCGUGGGCCUGCUUUGAACGCUGAAGCACCUAGUCGGAGAAUCAAAACUGGUCCUGCAGAUCCUACGGGAAUUCCUGCCUCCGCUGCAGGCUGGUUCAAGAGCUUCUUCAAAGGCAAGACGAAGGAGAAGGGUAAAGGAUUUGAGGUUGUGAGAAGCUCUAGGAUGCCGCCAGGAGGGUUGAGCAACGCAAGGAACGCACCUGGUGAUGAAUCACCACCGGAAGGAAUUCCAGUAGCCACAGGAGCGAUUCGACAUGGUCCAAUUGAUUCAGAUUCUGAUGAUGGGCAUGACACCGCCGGUCUAUCAGGACGAGCUGGCCCGUCGUGUGUGGACGGCGCAGAUGCUGAUGAUGGCGAAUUAGUCAGUCCUAUAGGAUCGGAUGAUGGACAGAGCUACCAUGACGACGAGGAUGAGUUUGAAAUGACCAGGAUUUCUGAUAUUCCCCCUUCGCUGCAAGGACUAAAAAUCCCUGAAGGUGGUAUGGAACUGCCCAGUAGGUUUCCUUCGAAAGCUAGCUCAAGAGUACCUCAUGGUUCACGAGCCGGCGACCCAAUACCAAACAUGCCUUUAAGUCCCCCAGCUCGAACACCUACAGUUCCACGAAAGAGUUCCCGUCGAAAAUCACAGAAUACAAGUGUGGACUUAACUAUUCCAGGCAUCAGUCGUCACACACCUCAAAGUUCACUUACUUCACGACUCCCUUUUGAGAGAUCGAAUUCCAACAAGCGGCAUUCCGACAUUUCUGCUAGAUCCAGCAUAGCACCGCAUGAGGGAUUUGGACAUUCUCGAAACACCUCAUUCGGUAAUUUUACCGAGGGGUAUGGUCAUGAUCGCCCGACGAGCGUAGGAUAUGUUUCCCAGCACCAUAUCCACACCAUCAACCCACCGGAGAACAAUCCGCAAUAUCUCGGUAGCUCUGCUGAACUGGUGGAUGGACGAAUCAGCGCAGGCUCAUCUAUUGACCACCCUCGAUGAUUGAAGGCUUUCCGCACACGUUUCACAUUUUUCACAUUACUAAUAUGCUUUUGAUCGUCACAUGAACGAAUUUCCUUGGUCGAAAAAGUCUCUUGGUGUUAUGCGGCCUUAUAUGUAUUGUAAAAAGGAUCGGAGUAAUAUGGCGAUAGGUGGAUAGCGAUGAAAUUUUCAUGGUUGGGUGGAGGGAAUAGCUGAUUGAUUGGAAUGAAAUGGGGGAAGGGAAAGAAGAACACCUUUGAGAAUCAGAAAGGCAUAUAAUUUAUGUAUCCUGUCUAUAUAAUAUCUGGCAUUCACGAUCGUUGUAAUAAUAGCCAUAGUAGAAAGAUGGUGGUUGAUUUCUUGCGUUGGGAGAGGCUACCUUGAGGAACAAGGAAGGAAAAGGGGGGGAAGAAGGGGCAUGAAUGGGUAUCUAGGUAUUGGAUUGGAUCCAAAUUCGAUCGUGAAUGUGGGAAACCAUAGAAUAUGGACAGGAAUAUGGGAUGUGGGAUAUGGAUAAAUUAAUAUAUAUUUUUUGACUUUGUGGUACCUACCUAGUAUGCUUUGAAUGAAUGAAGGGGGUUUGAAGUUAGUUGAGGAGAGUUGUUGGGGGAUGCCUUCCCCCGGGCCUAGUAAAAUGUAGAUGUGAAUAUGGUGUGGCGUAGUGUGGAUGUGCAGAUUGAAUUAUGGAUUGAUGUUUGAAUAUCUAGGUACCCUAGUUGAUAUAUACCUCUUUGUUUAUAUGAUUUUUUUAAAAUUGUUGAUGGAUAAAGUGUGUGAUUUAGUAUAAGUGUGUGUGGUGUGGUGCCGAGUCUCUUGAUUGGUUUACUCGUAUCCCAAGUGUUUUGCGUAUUCAAUACGCGUAUAAAUGGAUUGGAUGAGUUGAGUUGAGAUGCCAUGGGAUGGGAUGGGAUGGGAUGGGAUGCGAUGGAACUUGG